UCCCUCUCCCAUCCCUCUCCCAUCCCUCUCCCAUCCUCUCCGGUCCCUGCCGGUGCCGGUGCCGGUGCCGGUGCCGGGCCCGGGCCGCAGCACCGCGGCCAUUGCGGGGCCGCUCCCGCCGCUCUCCCCGCUCAGCCCCGGCCAUGAGGAGGAGGAGGAGGAGGGCGGCGGCUCCGCGCUCAGCCCCCGGGCCCUGCUGAGAUCCCCGGGCCCUGCUGAUCCCCCCUGGACCGCUCUGAUCCCCCCCGGACCCUGCUGAGAUACCCGGACCCUGCUGAUCCCCCCCGGACCUUGCUGAUCCCCCCUGGACCCUGCUGAGCCCCCCGACUGCCCUGAGCCCCCCGGAACCCCCUGAGACUCCCCGACCCCUGCUGAUCCCACCCGGACCCUGCUGAUCCCCCCGGAACCCCCGAUCCCUCCGGGCUGAUCCUCCUGAUCCCCCCGGCUCCCGGCUCCGAGCUCGGGGCUCCGCCGCAGGUGAGGCCGGGGGUUCGUGCCGGGCUCCCCCCGCUCCUCCAGCACCGGCUCCCUGAUCCCGAGGGAUCCCCCGCUCCCCCAUCCCGAGGGAUCCCCCGCUCCCCCAUCCCCAGGGAUCCCCCGCUCCCCCAUCCCCAGGGAUCCCCCGCUCCCGGCUCCGCUGCCCUGCGCUCCCCCCGUUUCUCUCCCUGAUCCCGCCUUUCCAGGGAGCUUUGCUUAAUCCGAGCUCAGCCGGGCCGGGCCAGCGAUGUGAGACCGGCCCCGACCCAAUCCCGGCCCAAUCCCGACCCAAUCCCGACCCAAUCCCGACCCCGGGAUCUGCUCCGGAGCUCCCCAGGGAAGCGCCACCGGCUGGGCCGCGAGGGAGGAUCCAAAUAUCCCUGGAAAACCGCACGCGGAGGCUGCUGAUGGCACUUGGAAAAUUAUCCAGCGGUUCAGUGCUGAGGGAAUUCUGUGGGAGCAUGGCUGGAGCAGGACUGGGAGUCUGGAAUGCAGGCACUGAUGCGGGAUGCUCCUCCCUGCCUCCCCGCUGGAUCCGUGCCGUGGGGCUGUGAUCCCGCCGUGCUCCCGGGAGCCAUGAGGAGGUUUGGCUACUGCCGGGUGGUGCUGGCCACGUCCCUGCUCUGGGUGCUGCUGGACGUCUUCCUGCUGCUCUACUUCAGCGAGUGCAACAAGUGUGACCGGCCCAAGGAGCGCUCCCUGCUCCCGGCGCUGCGCGCCGUUAUUUCCCGGGGCCAGGAGGGCCCGGGGGAGAUGGGCAGGGCCGUGCUCAUUCCCAAGGAGGAGCAGGAGAAGAUGAAGGAGCUGUUCAAGAUCAACCAGUUCAACCUCCUGGCCAGCGACCGCAUCGCCCUCAACCGCAGCCUGCCCGACGUGCGGCUGGACGGGUGCAAGAGCAAGGUGUACCCGGAGGAGCUGCCCAACACCAGCGUGGUGAUCGUGUUCCACAACGAGGCCUGGAGCACGCUGCUCCGCACCAUCCACAGCGUCCUGGAGCGCUCCCCGCCGCGCCUGCUGGCCGAGAUCGUCCUGGUGGAUGAUGCCAGCGAGAGAGAGUUCUUGAAGGCGUCCUUGGAGAAUUACGUGAAAAAGCUGGAAGUGCCCGUCACAAUCCUGCGGAUGGAGCAGCGGUCGGGGCUGAUCCGGGCGCGGCUCCGAGGGGCAGCGGCUUCCCGGGGCCAGGUGAUCACAUUCCUGGAUGCCCACUGCGAGUGCACCCUGGGCUGGCUGGAGCCGCUGCUGGCCAGGAUCAAGGAGGACAGGUGAGGAAUUCCCGGCUCCAGAGGCACGGAUCUGCUCCAGGCCCUUCCCUGCCUGCUGAAAAACAGCGACUGAAAGGAUUCACUGAGCUGGAAUGAAGAUAAUUUU